GUCUAAGUGCGCAUGCGUGUACUAUCAUGGUGGUACUGGCUGUACCAGCUGGGGAAGUUGUGGAGAUAUUACAUAGUAAAGUUUUAAUGGUAGAAAUGGGUUGUUAACUGUAGGAUCUGAAGACGUUUGGAACUCCACACAGAGAGUAUAUUGCACAGAAACAGACGGAACACCAUGACAGCUAACGAGGAUCAAGAGAUGGAGCUGGAGGCUCUUCGCUCCAUCUACGAGGGCGAUGAGUGUUUCAAGGAAAUCAGUCCGGUUUCCUUUCAGUUUAGGAUAGGAGACCUCGAGGACACCAAAGCGUUCAUCUUGGACAUCACAUGGCCAGAGACAUAUCCUGAGGCAGCCCCACAAAUCUGCCUUGAUGCCUUUUUCAACAACAGAAUCUCUGCAGAGACGAAGCAGCUGAUCCUGUCAAAGCUGGAGGAGCAGGUGGAGGCUAACCUGGGCACUGCCAUGAUGUACACUCUGUUCGAGUGGGCCAAGGAAAACCAGGAGGCCCUCAUGGAGAACCACAAGCCUGUAGUCACUGCAGUGACAUUGACGUCUAGCAGUGAUAUGACGAGCACCACCACAGCGGGGAAGAAAAAGGACAAGAAGGAGCAGCUGACCAAAGCUCAGAAGAGGAGGAUCAUCAGCAGAACAGAUAACAAAGGGGAACUGCCAAGAGGUUGGAACUGGGUUGAUGUUAUCAAACAUCUGAGUAAAACUGGAGGGAAGGACGACGAGUAGGCCCGAGGGCGGCAACCCGGUACUGCUUUAUACAAGGAAGUGAAGUCUGAACUCACUGAUGCUGCUGCCCCUGUCUAGAUGCCUUCACGUCCUUCAACAUUUAACACUCAAACAUGGCUGCUUCCACCCUGAGAACCAAAGCGGACUGGGGUAACGGUGGACACCACCAGCUGAACUGAGCCACCGUGUCUUACGUGUUUUGUGGAACGCAGCCAGAAACGUCGCUCAGAAUCUUCUUCGCAGGGGAGCAUGCUCGAGAUACUUGCUGUCACUGCCAUGUUUUCAGUCUGUGAGAUUAGGCCCAGCUGCCAGGCGCUGGAGCCAUUAAUGUUGGAGUGCGGUUCUAAGCGGAUGUGUCAAAGUGUCAAGUAGCUUCCCGCUGUUACUUUAAGGUAUCAUGUGACUUUGUGAAAGCAGGGACAUUUUUAAUAACACACAAAAUGUUACUCCUUUCCCCUCAUUUUUCUUAUUUUGACAAAUGUUUCUUUCCCCCAUGAAUUGAAAACCUCAAAAUUUUUAUAUGUAAAUAAAACCAAAAUUUGGUCUACUGCU